AUGGAGAAACCGGUGAAGGAUGGGAUCCUCUAUGUGCAACACUGCAAAUUUGGAAAGAGGUCCUGGAGGAAGAUGCGAGCCCAGCUCUUCGCUGCUAGCCCCUCCGGCGUGGCCCGCAUGGAGAAUUUCGACGUGCGGGAUGAUGGCACUGCGCUGGAGAAGACCUCCCUGCGGCGGUGCGCCCGCCGGGUGAUCCGCCUCUCGGACUGUGUCUCCGUGGGCCCGGCGGGCACCGAGAGCUGCCCCAAAGCUACCGCUGCCUUCUACCUCAACACCACGGAGAAGAGCUAUGUGCUGGCGGCCGAGCAGCGGGACGAGUGGAUCGCCCAGCUCUGCCAGCUGGCCUUCCAGGGUGCAAAGGAGACAGUGCAGAGCAGUGCCAGGACGCAGCCCAGCCCCGCUGUCCCCAUGGAGGAGAACUCCCUCUACUCCUCCUGGCAGGACCUGACUGAAUUCCCGGUGCUGGUGGUCCGGACAGACGCGUCCGCCCGCUGUGGCCUGCACGGGCACUACCUGCUCUCAGUCCUUCCCCAGAGCCUGACGCUGAAGGAUGCGCAGUCCCGCCAGCCCCUGCUCACCUGGCCCUACCCUUUUCUCCGCAAGUUUGGCCAGGAUCAGACUGUCUUUUCCUUUGAGGCCGGCCGCCGCAGUGACUCCGGCGAGGGCACCUUCACCUUCAGCACCCCGCGGGCGCCAGAGCUCUGCCGGGCUGUGGCUGCCACUAUCGCCUGCCAGCAGCAGGGCAAGGAUGCCCCGGACCCCCGGCUCUUCUGUGCCCCGGACCCCCAGCUCUCUGCACAGAGCCUCGAGCCCCAGCCCUGGGGCCCCAGGGCUGAGGAGCCCCAGCCCAGCCCACCCCUGGGGGGGGCACAGCCUGCCUCCCACCCCCCCACCAGUCUCCUCCGCUUCCCCCCGCCGGAGCCGGAGGGCACAGGCCCCAUUGUCUAUGCCUCUAUUGCUCGGGGCCAGCAGCCCCUCUUCGCAGCGGGGCGGCCGGGCUCCAGUGAGGCCUGGGCCGCAGGGAAGCUGCCCCCCGAGCACCUCUAUGAGAACAUCUUCACCGCGGAGCCAGGUCCAGCCGGGGAGGAGGAGGAGGAGGAAGGGCAGUGGGAGCUGGGGUGCCGGCAGGCCCCUGAGGGCCACAGCAGUGAGGCAGGCCCCCUCUAUGACAACCAGGCCGCCCUAGCCCAGCUCCCGCGGGGCAGCCCCCAGCCCCCGGAGCAGCGCUGGGGCCGUGGGGGGCAGGAGGUGCUGCCGGCGCGCUCCGGGCCCAAGCCCCAGAGCAACCUCCGGGCCAAGCUGGUGCGGCUGCUCAGCCGGGAGACCGUCGGCCCGCGGGACUGGGCCUGA